AUGGGCAAGAGGAGCAUUCUAAGCUCUCUAUGGAGAAAUGACGAUACUUUCAGCGAUGAAACCGGUGCUUAUAGUAGAGCAAGAUCAGACGAAACGACAACUUCGUCAAUCGAUACCUCAUCAUCUUCAUCCUCAUCGAUGGCCAAACUCCGAUCCCAACCAUUAGAUACAUCUUCUAUACUCUACCCCACACUUACCCUGCAUCCGUCUCCGAUUCAGCACGACUUACUCGUCCUCUCCCUAUCCCACGUCAGUAACGCACCGCCGACCUUGUCGAAUGACGAGCUUUUUAAUGUGCUAUUGAAAAGGCUAGAACCGUGGGUGGGAGAAGAGGGAGAAGGCGGUUAUGUGCUGGUAGUACUGGCAGAUGAAGAUAACGCAGGGAAGGAUAAGGAGAAAAGGAAGCUGCCCGGUAUAGGAUGGUGGGUAUGGAGAUGGAAGAGAUUACCUAGAAAAUAUCGAAAGAAUCUCAAGAGAUUGUAUAUCGUCCAUCCAUCUCUCUUUACGCGGACUCUUCUGCCUUUUAUCAUCCCUUUUGUCUCCCCUAAAUCAUACUCCAAGCUCCACCCCUUACCAUCCCUGUUGUCGCUCUACCAUACCCACAAAGUCCCUCUCAAGGGUAUCGACAUAAGUGUAUCAGUCCUUGAAGCCGAAGCUCGUAUACUGAAAGAAAGACCAGAUAUCAUUCCUCCUGCUCCAUCCCCAAUGGGAAGACAUGUCGGGGCUGAUGAUGUACCAAAAUUGCAAAGAAUCGAUAGUGAAUCGAGUAUCGCAAGUUGGGGAUAUCAGACGAUUUCCUCUGCUAUGGAGACUGCCGCUUCGUACCUCCCCAUACCGCAUUUCGGUAUCGGUUCAUAUGAUAACCAGCAGAAUCUGAUGUCAUCUGGAAAUGAGGGAUAUUGGGGGAGAGAUUUGGAUGAUCUGAUCGGAGCCGGAGAAGGAAAUUCGAGCGGAGGCGUACCUCCCUUACUUGUUGAUUUAGGAAAGGUCAUCUUGCAGGAGUGUAUCACUACAGAAGGUGUAUUUAGGAGAUCGUCAAAUCCACAUCUACUUCCCACUCUCAUAGCCAUCUUGGAUCUCCCAAUAUCUCAACAACCUAAUUUACUUUGGACGGAACUAGCCAAAGGAGAACCAUUACUUCCACCUAAGAUCCUUAGUCGAUUCUUGGGUGAAUUGAAGGAUCCGAUCUUGAAGAAUAAUGUGUACGAUUUGAUCAGAAGGACGAGAACAAUUGAAGACAUAAAAACCAAAUUCAUUCCUUGCCUAUCUCCUUCAAUCUCCUUGCUCCUCAACUACCUAAUCGACCUAUUACAUCACCUGUCGCGUCAUUCCGAAACGACCAGAAUGACCUCACUGAAUCUCGCCAUUGUAAUCGCACCUGUCUUGAUUAACGGACCGGAUCCUAUCGAAGACACUAUACUGUGUUUGGAACCUUCCAAACCGAUCCCACCGGGAUUACGAAAGAUGGCAGAAAUCAAUGGUGUGAAUUUGACACCUGAAGAAGGGGCUGAUGAAGGGCAGAAAGAUAAUACGUUGGUGGGAAUGUUGGAUAUGUGGAUCAAGGAUUACCCUUCUAUCUCGUGA